AUGUCCACUUUGAAGACGGCCAUUCUAAGCAUUGUACAGGACCUGGAAUGGCUCGAGACACUCCAGACGAAGGGCUGGACCAUUGUCCCAGAGACCAUCCCUAAGAACAAGGCCUUGAAAUACGCUGAUAAGGCCUACUCCUGGCUGGAGGACUGGGGUUACGGAUUUAACAGAACGGACCCCGCCACAAGAGGGCCUGCCCACUUGCCCUUCACGCACCGUGCUGGUAUCUUCAACCGCUUCGGAGUGGCCCAUGAGCAGUUUAUGUGGGACUUGAAGUCGGAACCGAGCCUCAUUGACAAGUUCGCCCGUGUCUGGGGUACGGAUGAGUUGCUCGUGUCUUACGACGGUAUCAAUCUCUCACUGCCUGUCUCCGAGCGGCCAAAGAUCGAUCCCAUCUUCGCACCAUGGUCGCACGUGGACCAGUCUCCUCUACGAACCGGACUACAGUGUGUACAGGGCAUUCUGAACCUGCUUCCUAAUGGGCCUGAUGAUGGCGGCCUCAUGGUUUUGGAAGGUUCCAGCAAGUACUAUGCGGAGCUGUGGAAGCACUUCGAUCACAAGAAGGGCGAAAAUGGCUGGAAUACCUGGGAGCAGCAGUUCCUGGACGAGGAAAUGUGCUCCUGGCUCGAAUCCAAGGGAUGCAAGUGGGUGAAGGUUUACGUUUGCUACAAGCCUACUUCCAUGGUCUCCGACGAAGCCAAGGAGAAGCGAAAGGAGGCCUGGAAGAAUAAGGACUGCACCGCCCAUGAUCCUUCCAUCGUUCGCCUUACCCCCCGACUUCCCCCGGACACUCACCAUAGCUACCAGCAAGCCGUCGAGAGACCUCUUCAGGAGCCCGUUCUCACGCUUCGAGGAAAACAGCUUGCCGGCCUUGCAUCAUACUAG